UACUGGCUGCAUCCUCCCUACCGGCAACGUGGCAACACUUAAAAGUUGUAGACUACUGUUUUUCCCCAUGUAGGCUACUAUCCGAGGACACGAUCACACAUGUGGAUAUGACACAAACAAGGCGGACUGUGAUUUUAUUGUUCUAAUUAACCUGAAGGUGGACGUGAUUUCCUCUUUUCCAGCCUUCUUGGAUUGCAGCUGUCAAACUCCUCAGGGCGUGCUCCACUGUUUACUGUCAGCUCACUGACACACACAAGACGGAAAUCAGUGUUAUGCACAUACAUACCCUGAGUCGUAUGUGUUUGAUUCUUUUAGUAUUGGCAUCUUGGUAAAAAAAAUGUUUCUAUCUUUGGAAUACUUUCCUUUGGUUUUUGGUUUUCAGUGCAGCAACAACACGCAUGGGUGUUUGUGUUGUGUGAACUUUAUCCCCCUGUUAUCAUGCUGACUUGUUAUCAGGAGAAGUUGUGAGUUUCCUGUGAAAUGAUGUGGCAGUUGUGAGUGUACUUUGGCUGUGUGGCACAUGUGAGCUGUAAGUACCGAAACCAACUUUUCUUUGUUGGGUUUUUUUUUUUGGUGGAUUUUACAUUCCUAGAUAAUGCAAUUUUCCCAUUAUUUACCUGAGGAGUUAAGGUAGGCUGGCCGUGUGUAAAGGAGGUCAACAUGGAUCACAGAGGAUCUCACCCUUGGACCCAGCCUGGUCGCCACUCUCACAGAUCAAAAGAAAAGGAGGACUACCACAGGUAUUCUCACCAGGAAAAGGACCAGAGUUACCCACCACCAGAUCCCAGAGAGAGGGACAGGCACCGGGCUCAUUCUGAUGCUCGCUACAAAGCUCACUUCACCAGUCCUCCUCCCAGACCAGAGCCAUAUCCUUACAGCCCUCAGCAGUACCCUUAUAGCUAUGGAGGACCAGAAUACCAAAGACCCCAGUCCAGGCAAGGGUAUGAUUAUCCACCCCAUGGUCACUGGGACUACAGGGAGAGCUACGGUUAUUAUGACCAUGACUACUACAGUGGACAGCAAGGACGACCAGAUGCUGGCCAGUGGAUGCCCCAAGACUCCUGGAGAACAGAACACCAGGAAAGGACAUAUAAGCAGGAACAUCCAGGGACCUCCUACACUGAGGAGUACAGGUAUGACCAAGGGAGAGACAACUCCCAGCAUUACGUCAAUGACUAUGAGGAUCAUCCCUCCAGAGAGAACGAAGAGGUUUCCUCUUAUUACCUUGGGACAUUAGAAAGUUCCAAAAACUCAGGGUUAUCAUCCAGCAGCUACGAACUGAGUCAGUACAUAAAUGGAGCCGAACACAAUGGCCCUGGUGCACAAUCUGAAACAGAGCAUGGCGCUGUGCAUCCGAUGUCGGCUCCACUGAAGUACUCAAUCCCUCAUGCGGUUGUCAGCUUUGGACCCGCAGGCCAGCUGAUACGGGUCACUCCAGGCUUUUCCACACAGGAGAAAGUCAGUCAGCUGGAAAUCCACAGUCUGGAAGUCAUCCUGAGUGAAACGCAGGAACAGCAGGAGAUGAGAAACUUCCCUGGGCCCUUGACUAGGGAGGAUUUGCACAAAGUAGAUGCUAUAGAGUUUGCCCACCAGAGGGCAGGCGCGUGUAUGAAAGAUGACAAUCUGCAUGAUAAGAGCUCUGCUGCCCUCUUGUGGAAUCUACUGAUACUGCUGUGCAGACAGAAUGGACAAAAAGUUGGGUCGGAUAUUGCAGAGCUGCUUAUGCAGGGCUCAAAUUCAGAUGGAAGCUGGGAGUCGGAUACUCCUACACUCAUUGACUUCGGUGAGGGCACAACUGCUGAAGCUCCACCCAGCAAAGGAGAUGACCUGCUCACAGGAAACUGGACCAGCUUCAGUUCUGAGACCUCUGAGAAGGCCCUGCAGAGCUACACAAAACUGCUGCUAGCUGGAAGAAAAAAGGAGGCCUUGGAGUCGGCUAUGGACAACGGCCUCUGGGGGCAUGCUCUUUUUCUGGCCAGCAAAAUGGACAACAGGUCUUACACCACUGUGCUUAACAGGUUUACAGGCCAGCUAACAUCCAGUGAUCCCCUUCAGACCAUCUUCCAGCUGCUGUCCGGUAGAAUCCCCUCUGUUGCCACGUGCUACGGAAAUGAAAAGUGGGGUGACUGGAGGCCCCAUCUGGCUGUUAUGCUGUCCAAUGAAACGGGUGAUCUUGCCAUCCAACAAAAGGCCAUCACCACCAUGGGGGACACACUAGUUUCCAAAGGUCUCUUACAUGCCGCCCACGUCUGCUACCUGACAGCCAGCGUUCCCUUCGGGGUUUUCAUGCAGAAGGCAGAGAGACUGGUGCUUCUGGGUAGCAGCCACAGGCAGUCCUUUGAAUACUUUGCCACAAACUCUGCUAUCCAGUGCACUGAGUUGUAUGAGUACUGCCAGACACUUGGGGGCAAAUGCCUUUCGAUUCCAUCCUUUCAGGUGUAUAAGCUUCUGUAUGCCAGUCGACUUCUGGAUUGUGGACUUGCAUCUCAAGCCUUCCAUUACUGCGAGGUGGUAGGACAGGCGAUCCUCAGACAGACUGAGCCUUACUUUGUCUUGACUGAAGAGGUUAUUAAGUUGGCAGACAGGCUGAGACACUCUGAAGGUCAGUUCAGUGAAGCAGGAGUUAGCGGAGCUGAGCAGGAACCUGACUGGCUGAAACAACUGCGCGCUAGGCACCACAGUUUACAGACAGGGAAUUAUGACUAUAUUGAAACAUACCAGCCACCUCAUGAUGGACGUGCUGUGGCCAAUGAGGAUAGAAAAAUGUUCUCAGAAUCGGAUCUGGAUGAUCCAAGGUGCAAGGACAUCCAGAGUCCACAGCCUGAACUGCUUUAUUACAGGGGCCAUGAGGAUCAAGAAACUCCUCUACAUCAACUUCAAGAAAGAAAUGAGGAAAUGACAGCUUUGUCAUACGACAUCAGAGGACCUCAUAUGCCACAGGCCAAUCCUCCAAUGCCGGUAACGGAGGUUUAUACUCCCACAGCGCCCACAAUGGCUGGAAGCCAAGACUUCAGUUAUCAUAGCACAGAUAGUGCUGGAGUUGGAACAGCCUUGCCACAUUGUCCUCUGAGUGAUUUGCCAUCAGCAGCAGAGGGUGCUGGAUUGUCCUCUGUAGAAGGCACUGUGGGGGGUCAGAUGCCUGAGGUUGACAUCUGUCAUCAGGGAUCAGUGCAGCAGAGCUUCCCGCAAGGUUUAGAGGCCUCCGAGCAGACCGACCCUCCUAAACAGACCACCAAGGGGGGGUGGUUUAGUGGUUGGUUCAAAUCAAAAUCCAAAGAUGUCCCAAAGGAGAGCUUAGAGAACCGAAGCCCGCCUCAGACAGAGCUACCACCUACCACUGGCUUCUACCCUCCUCCCCCGCCUGCUGUUGUUUCCCCUGACGUGUUUGUAUCCCAGCCCUCCUCAGCUGGAGUCAAUCCCUUUUCAAGGAAAGCAGGGCAGCAGCUGGGGUAGAAACCUUGUCAACACCACUAGCCUGUAUCACAGGAUCACUGGCACCACUAAAACCAAAGUAGUGAUACCACACCACCAACCAUUAACAUUGGUUAAAAUCUGAUGGGAACGUCACCUAAGCUUGCAAGAUCACCAAUAAGAACCAUACUGUUCAACACCACCCACAUUUCCUUUUUAAGGAUGCCCUUUUAAACCCCCUUAGCUUGCACAUCAUCAUGAGGCAUGUGUGCAACAGAAAUACACUAGAUGGACAGGGAAAAGUAACUCAUAUUGCAGGGCAGUAAAACAGUUGGGACAUACUCCCUAAAAGCUGACAGCGAGAGAAUUCCCAGGACAUUUUUGAGGAAAGCAAUACAUCAAUUGAUGCCAGUAAUCGUUUAUGCACAAGGUAGUUUAUCCUAACCGUCAUGCCAGGAAAACCUUCUCUAAUUCUACUGUGGCGAAAGGAAAUUUGAAAUAGCAGGUGCAACUGACCUACUAACCGCCCAGUGAAUACAUCAUCAGACUCUCACAGCCCAAAUCACUCUUAAGUAAUUAUCCAUACUAUAUAUACUGCUUGAGCUACACAUUUAUUAAAUGUAUUAUAUUUCAAAUGAGUAAAUCCACCUAUCCCACUGCAACAUCUUUUAAAGAUACAACACCAAUGCACUUUAACACAAUUACACACAACCGAAUUAAAAAUACAUUUAAGCAACAUGAGAUCCAAACUAAAAUGUAAUCUAACGCUGCAGUGAUUUAUUAGCCUUGCAGAAGCCUGCUUCAAUCUUGCUGAACUUACUGAGUAAGCAGAAAUGGUAGCCUGCAUAGUUAAUUAAAGUAUAAAAGUCAGCAACAUUUGGUUAGUUUUUAUCUUAGCAUCUGUAAAGCGGAACCGUUUGCUGCCAAAGAUGCAUGGUACCACAUGGUGGGUGGGGGAGGGGAUAUUGGGAAAGACCUCUGCCAGGCAAAAAGCCAACAUGGUUCAACCCCCAGCCACUUGCAGGAUCAAAUUGUUUAUGUGCUGAUGAUAUGUACGCCACCUUCUUCUGAGAAAUGGCUUAACUUAUAUCUCUAUUAUAUAAACAUUUGGUUAGAAACAAAGAUAUGCCAAGCUACCAAACUGUAUAUAAAACAUACAUUAAUAUAUAUUCUUGGAAUGUAAUUUUGAUAAUUAAAAAAAAAAAAAAUUAUCUUGUCACCUUGUAAACAUGUUUUUGAUCAUAUAUAUGUAUGUCAUGUGGGUUAUAUGUAUUAUUACAAUAUGCACACCCUCAGUGCCAGCACUUGAAAUGUAUUAUUACCAGUUCAUAGGUGCAUUUAAAGUAAUUCCACAGUAUUACAAAAUGUAAAAACUUUAUCUACAGUCAGCAUUUUGUUAUUUUUAUGAUAUACCACUCACUUAAUAGCGAAAUCACAGAUUCAAUACAUAUAUCUUGCCAAGAAGUGGGGAUGCCAAAAGGGGGAUUCUCACUUAUUGAAGAGCGAGUGACAACAUGACAGGUGCCGUCUACUUUUACGAUUAGUCUGCAUGGGCCAAGUUUGAGAGGGGGCGCACUGGCCGAAAUAAACAGCACACGCAGUGAUCCAGGAUGUGUCCCAGCUCACUGCCUGCCAAUAAUGUGUCAGAGCAUAAUAACAUUCAGAAUGGAUCACAUUACGAAAGACUGGCAUUCCAAAACCUCUCAGUUUAUGCAGGUCUACUCAGAUAUAUUAUAUUAGUGGAUCAGUUUGGUUGGUGAGCGAACAACAUUAUUAGUUAAAGAAAGGCCUGAUGACUUUGCUUUGAAGGAUUACCAUUUGGUAGAAAUUUAUUGAGAUUCACCUUUACAAUAAAAAUGUUCACUGCAGUUAUGCAGGGUUGGUUCCCUUUAAUCCACCAAGAAGACAUUCACGCAAACUUAACAUGCUUGUUGUGCUUAUUGGUGUUAUUAAAACAACAGAUUUACAAUUAA